AUGGAAAAAGGCAGUCCUGCUGAAGAAUUAAUUAAGAGCUAUCCCCCAGGGGGUAAUAGUUACGAAAAAGCUUUAAAACAGCUGAAAAUGCGUUUCGGCAGAGAGGAACUAUUGAUUCAGGUAUAUGUCAGAGACUUAUUAGUAUUAGUUCUUCAAAAACAGAACACUUCUAAAAAUUCAUUAAGAAAAUUGUUCGAUCAACUUGAGAGUAAACUGCGAUCACUUGAAUUAUUAGGUGUUACUAGGGAAAAAUAUGCUGCAAUGCUUUUUCCACUAGUUGAAUCAUCAUUACCCGAAGAAACUCUUGUUGCUUGGCAGCGCUAUAGAUCUGCUCAUCGUAGAAUUCGAGAAGUGAAUUUAGAUGAUUCAGACGAAAGUAAAACUAUAAUUGAGAAAAGUGAUUUAGAAUGCAUUUUAGAAUUUUUACAAGCCGAAGUCGAAGCUGAAGAACGCAUUUUUUUAGCCUCUCAAAGUUUCAACACAUCGAAACCAAAAGCAGAAGUAAAACAUAAUCUUUCCUAUGAGAAAAAGGUAAUAGAGAACAAAUGUAAGAGUAGAAAGUUUUCAAAUAUACCUAGUGCAACAGACCUUCUAACUUCAUCUCAAGUAUCAAAACAGUGUAUAUUCUGUUCUAAUUCACAUUUUUCUGGAGACUGUCUAAAAAAAGAUGCACCAAAAAUAACUAUGUCAAAAAACGAAGAAUCACCUGAAGUUGAAAAGAAAACUGAGAUUAGUGCUGAAGUGGAUCAAGCUCUUUCCAAUUUAUCUUCUACUCCGGACGUAAUGCUUCAAACAUUCAAAGUUAUAAUUAGAAGUAAUGGGAAAAAACGCGUCGCAAGAGCUAUUAUCGAUACUGCUUCACAGCGAUCAUAUUUAUUAAGAAGUACAGCUAAAGAAAUGAACUAUGAACCUCAGAGUUGUGAAUAUUUACAACACUCUUUAUUUGGAGGGAAGGACUCAGGGAUAUGCAAGCAUGAUGUAUACACUUUAUAUUUAUCGAGUGUGCAUGGGAAUUAUAAUUGCAACUUUAAAGUUCUUAGUCAACAAAUUAUUUGUAAGUCAGUGCCACCUACUGUCAACAAGCUUUGUCUGAAAGAGUUAGCAGCCUGUAAUAUAAAUAUUGUGGAUGAUUGUCAAAAUCCUAUUGAGAUUCUUAUUGGGGCUGAUGUAGCUGGAAAACUCAUGACAGGUGGUCGUCGUGAGUUGCCUUGUGGUCUCGUAGCUAUUGAGACCAAAUUUGGAUGGUCAGUUAUGGGACGAAUGCCGAAUACUUCGAAAAGUGAGUUUUCAUCAUCGUUCUUAGUUACAUCCUUGUUAUCUACUGUGGAGACCAUAACAGAUCUAUGGACUUUGGACACACUUGGGAUCACUGACCCAUCAGUCAAGAAAAACCAGACUGAACUACAAGAAGCUGCUCGGUUACAUUUUCUAAAUACAGUUCGUAUAGUCGAUGAUCGUUUCGAGGUUGAUUUGCCCUGGUUGGAAUAUCAUCCACCACUAACAGACUAUUUUGACUUAGCCGAGAGAAGACUGAACAAAACUGUUAAACGUCUUAAAAUCGAGUCCAAUUAUGAAGCUUAUGGAGAUGUUUUCAAGGAAUGGCUAGAAGAGGGAGUAAUUGAAGAGGCUGAUAAAAAUUAUCAAGGGCAAGUUCUUUACCUUCCUCAUCGAGAAGUUAUCAAAAAGAAUAGCACUACAAAACUCCGACCGGUAUUUGAUGCUUGCUUCGGCCAAAAACAGCUUCCGAGUAUUUUAACACGCUUUCGAAAAGAAAAGAUUGGUGUUAUUGCUGAUAUACGAAGAGCCUUUCUUCAAAUAAGUGUUUCACCUACUGAUAGAGACUUUUUGCGGUUCUUAUGGCUUGAUAGUGAUGGUCAACUGAAAGUGUACAGGCACUGCCGUGUAGUUUUUGGUGUAGCAAGUAGCCCUUUUCUUCUAAACUCUACUAUUCAGCUUCACCUACAAACUGUUUUAGAGAAAAUAGAAACCGGUGAAUCCUUAUAUACGAAAGGUGUCAUUCAAAAACUUAUGCAUAGUUUUUAUGUUGACAAUUGUGUCAGUUGUGUUAAAAAUGAAGAAGAACUCAUCAUUUUAUUAGUGUAUCAACUGAGGUAA